AUGGGCAACCCUAAAUGGGUGAAUGCAAUGGAAGAAGAGCUGAAUUCUAUUGAGAAGAAUCAUACAUGGGAACUUGUCAACUUGCCUCAUGACAAUAAACCCAUAGCAUUUAAAUGGGUUUAUAAAGAAGAUGACUUACUAGUAACUGAAAGCAAUGAAAGGGAGAUUGAAGAGUUCAAGAAGAAAAUGAUGAAGGAGUUUGAGAUGAGUGAUAUAGGGCUCUUGUUCUUAUUUUUUGGGAUUGAAUUCAAAACAUUAGAGAUUUGUACCGUGAUGCACCAAACCAAGUAUGCAACUGACUUGUUGAAGAAAUUCAACAUGUUCAAGUUGGAUGCUCCAAGUUCCUGGUGUAGCAAUGCAAAUUACAUGGGUGGCAUAGGAAAGGAUAAAUUUGGGGAAGAGAUGAAGAAGAACUCAAGGCUUGCUAGUGUAAAUGUUCACUCCUAUUAA